AUGGAAGUUCCCUGGGAUGAAGAAGCCGACGGCCCUAUGCCAGAGUGGAUGAGGCCCAAGGCUUGGUAUCUCCCCGAGAUGGGAAGCAUCGAGUCACCCGACGGUGACUUCUAUUUGCCCUUCAAUAAAGGCGGCUUCUGUCCCAUUGAACUCGAUGUCUUGCUUCACGAGCGAUAUCGCGUGAUUGCAUUUGCAGGAAAUGGCAGCUUCGCAAUGGUUUGGGUGGCCGUCGAUGAGAAGCAUAGACCUGGGGAUAGCUCGCCAAAAUACGUCGCCAUCAAGGUAUCUCGUGGUGUGGACAGUGCUGAGGAAGCCCAGCAUAGCAAUGAAGAGGCCAGCCUUCGGCGACUUAUGCAAGGGCGGGCGGAUGAUGCGCCCGGCAGCCGACACAUUAUUCGUCUUCUCGAUGCCUUCAAUGUCGAGUCCCCUAAUGGGAUUCACCGCUGCCUUGUUCUUGAACAAGCUGGGAGCGCGCUUAGUGCACUCGACGGCGUCGCCCAAUUCAAUGACAUGAUCAACAUCUUUAGGCAGUGUGCUACGGCAGUCGAGUACAUGCAUUCUAUGGGAGUCGUACAUGGAGACCUUGAUGUUUCCAACAUCGUUGCCUCGGUGCCUGAUUGCUCUGGGCUCGCUCUGGACGACUUCUACAGCAGGUUUGGAGAUCCUUCCUAUGAUCAUCCUAAGAAAAGGUUUUUCGAUGAGGAGCACCAGUCUGUUGGGGACAUUCGCUUGAUCGACUUUGGAGAAUCCUUCAUGGGUGCCAAACGUGGCGUGAACACACACAGUCACAACACCCCGCCCGAGAUCAUCGAGGAUGAGGAGGCCACGUGCAAAUCGGAUAUCUGGUCCCUCGGAUGCAUCCUCUGGCAUCUCUGGUUCGGUUGCCACUUGAUGGGAAACUACGUCGGAAUCGUGGACCCAGACAAAAAUGACCAGUACGGCCAUCAGAGAUCCUUUCUUAACUGUACCCGAUCUGAGCGCAAGGAGAAUCUUGUCGCCUAUGUCGACGACUUAUAUGGUGACGACUCUGCCAAGAAGCCAGCUUUCGAUGCUCUGCUUGAGCUGAUUCUUAACUGCACCGAGCCCAGCCCUGACGACCGGCCCACGGCCCAGGAGAUUGUUUCGUCAAGGAUCUGGGAAGAGAAAGUGUUGUCUGUCACCAGUCAAACUAGUGAAGACUCAACAGAUGAGCACACUGGAGCUGAGGAACCUUUCAAGGGAGCAGAGCUGGCAUCUCGCCAGACUAUGGCUGAGACGGACCCACGCGAGCGGUCGCAAAAUGAGGGCACCAAUGGCGAUACAGCUGCUUUGGGACCUGCUAUCACACACUCAAACUCUCCAGAAGCUCCCAAGAUCAGCUCAAAGCCCGUCGGUGACGCUCCUACAGCCGUCGCCGACGUCACCAACGUGCAAGAAAACGCGCAGGAGAACGAUGGGUCAUCAACAAACUCGCAGAAGAAGUGGAGGUUGUGGUGGCCUUUAAGUAUUGUUCAGGAUUGGUUCUGGGCUCUUUGGAACUGGAGGACAUGA